GUUGCAGGAAGGAGUGGGCGUAGACAUGUCUCCCGGGGAGCUUGUGGCCUCCAGAUUCUGACUUGCUUUCCGGCCCCUGGGCCGCUACACCUUGAGGAGCUUUUUCAGACGGUCUGAGAAGAUCCGGGGUGCCCAGGGCAUUCCAAAGCCACUCCGCCCCCCGCCAUGUCUUGGAAGUUCAAGAGGUGAAGGGCUGAGGGGGGCUGGGCGUGAGGCCAGUUUCUCUGCGUUUUGCUCAAGUGAAGGGAUUCUGUUUGGAAGUAUUCACAGUCUGCCCAGUAUGGAGCCCAUGAAAAUAUUCCAAGACUUUCAUACCCACCUUUCUUUCCACGUUUUGAAUUCCAAGACAUUAUCCCUCCAGAUGACUUCCAAACUAGUGAUGAAGAGCUAGAUUUGGUUUUAUUUGGAACUAUGAGAGGACAAGUUGUUGGAAUACGCUAUUACACAGGAGUUGUGAAUAACAAUGAAAUGGUUGCUUUAGAACGAGAGCCUAAUAACCCGUAUGAUAAGAAUGCUAUUAAAGUAAAUAAUGUGAAUGGAAAUCAGGUUGGCCAUCUAAAGAGAGAUCUUGCAGCUGCCUUGGCCUAUAUCAUGGACAACAAAUUGGCCCAAGUGGAAGGGGUAGUUCCUUUUGGUGCAAGUAAUACUUUUACCAUGCCUCUUCAUAUGACUUUCUGGGGAAAAGAAGAAAAUAGAGAGGUGGUUUUAGAUCAUUUGAAGAAACAUGGAUUUAAGUUGGGUCCCACACCAAAAACUGUAGGAUCGAGUUUGGAGAAUACAUGGGGCUCUGGAAGAGCUGGACCAAGCUAUAGUAGGCCGGUUCAUGUUGCUGUACAGAUGACAACUGAACAGCUCAAAACGGAAUUUGACAAAUUAUUUGAAGAUUUAAAAGAAGACGAUAGAACUAUUGAAAUGGAGCCAGCUGAGGCUGUUGAAACACCAUUGCUCCCACACCAAAAACAAGCUCUAGCUUGGAUGAUUGCACGAGAGAACAGCAAAGAACUUCCACCCUUCUGGGAACUGCGAAAUGACCUGUAUUAUAAUACAAUAACAAAUUUUUCUGUGAAGGAACGACCAGAAAAUGUUCAUGGAGGAAUUUUAGCUGAUGAUAUGGGUUUGGGCAAAACUCUUACUGCUAUUGCUGUAAUUCUUACCAACUUUGAUGAUGGCAGGCCGCUUCUUGGUAAAAGAGGCAAGGAGAGUCACCCAGGAAAGGAAUACAAGGACGAGACCGUUAAACUCAGAGGAAGUAAUACGAACAAGACGACAGAUGGACACUCAGAGCCAUCAGCAUGUAGUGAAGAACCCAGUAUUUCAGAUGUUUCGGAGAAGAGUAAUGUGUCAGAUUUGUUUAGUUUCUUCUCUAAAAGAAGAAAAAUUUCUGUACAGUCCACUGAAAGCAGUGAAUCAGAGGAAAUUGAAACAAGUAAACUGUCCCAGAAAAUGAAAGGCAAGCUGAAAAAUACACAGUUAGAUACUAAAAGUAAAGUAAAAGGAUCAUCUAAGAUUAAAGAAGAUACUCAAUUUGCUCUUGCACUUACUUAUUUUGGCCCUGCAACAAAAAAGAAAAUGUUGAAAAAGGGUACAUCUGUGAUGGAGAGCUCAAAGAAGUGUGACACUGGAGAGAGGACAAGAACAACACUGAUCAUCUGUCCACUCUCUGUGCUGAGCAAUUGGAUUUUAUUCAGUCUGAUAUCACUGCGUUUCUUCAUGAAAUAUACUCAGGACCAGAUUGGACAACAUAUAAAAUCAGAAGUGGACUUGAAUCUUUAUGUUUAUUAUGGUCCUGAUCGUAUUAGAGAUUCAACCUGGCUUUCAAAACAGGAUAUUAUUUUGACUACUUAUAAUAUUUUAACUCAUGAUUAUGGAACUAAAGAUAAUAGUCCAUUACACAGCAUAAAGUGGUUAAGAGUGAUCCUGGAUGAAGGCCAUGCCAUACGAAAUCCAAAUGCUCAACAGACAAAAGCUGUUCUUGAGUUAGAGGCAGAAAGAAGAUGGGUAUUGACAGGUACUCCUAUCCAGAAUUCUUUGAAGGACUUGUGGUCUCUUCUGUCCUUUUUAAAACUGAAACCAUUUACUGAUAGAGAAUGGUGGCAUAGAAUAAUACAGCGUCCUGUCACAACAGGAGAUGAGGGAGGACUUAGGCGUUUACAGUCCUUAAUUAAAAGCAUCACACUUAGAAGAACAAAGACAAGCAAAAUUAAAGGGAAACCUGUCUUGGAGUUACCAGAAAGGAAAGUAUUUAUUCAGCACAUUACUCUGUCAGUCGAAGAGAGAAAGAUUUAUCAAUCUGUUAAAAAUGAAGGCAAAGCUACUAUUGCAAGGUAUUUUACUGAAGGUACUGUCCUUGCACACUAUGCAGAUGUCUUGGGUCUUCUGCUUAGACUGCGGCAGAUUUGUUGUCAUGUCCAUCUUCCUACAAAUGGAACGUCUUCAAGUGACCCCUCCAGAAGCGACACACCUGAAGAACUGAGGAAGAUGUUAGUAACGAAGAUGAAGUUAAUUCUGAGCUCUGGUUCAGAUGAAGAAUGUUCAAUUUGCCUGGAUUCAUUAACAUUUCCUGUGAUCACACAUUGUGCACAUGUGUUUUGUAAACCUUGCAUUUGCCAGGUCAUUCAGCGCGAGCAGCCACAUGCAAAGUGUCCUUUAUGCAGAAGUAAUAUACAUGGACAUAAUUUAUUAGAAUGUCCUCCAGAAGAAUUGGCAUGUGACAGUGACAACAAGUCCGAUAUGGAAUGGACGUCCAGUUCAAAGAUUAAUGCUCUAAUGAAUGCUUUGAUUGAGUUACGGACAAAGGACCCCAACAUAAAAAGUUUAGUUGUCUCUCAGUUUACCACAUUCCUGUCUUUAAUAGAAACACCACUGAAAGCCUCAGGAUUUGUGUUUACUCGCUUAGACGGUUCCAUGGCUCAAAAGAAAAGAGUUGAAUCAAUUCAGUGUUUUCAAAAUACAGACGCAGGAUCACCUACUAUAAUGCUACUGUCCUUAAAAGCAGGCGGAGUCGGCUUGAAUCUUUGUGCAGCUUCUCGAGUGUUCUUAAUGGACCCAGCCUGGAAUCCUGCUGCAGAGGAUCAGUGCUUUGACCGAUGCCAUCGACUUGGCCAGAAACAAGAGGUUAUCAUUACAAAGUUCAUUGUGAAGGAUUCUGUUGAAGAAAAUAUGUUGAAAAUACAAAACAUGAAAAGAGAGCUUGCAGCCGGAGCCUUUGGAACUAAGAAAACAGAUGCUGAUGAAAUGAAACAAGCUAAAAUCAAUGAAAUCAGAACUUUAAUUGAUCUAUAAUUUGUGGGGGUUUUCUAACGACAGUUUGAAUAGAUACUUAAGUUUUAUAGAUUAAAACACUGCAGAUUUAAGAAUGAGAUCUAGAGAGUCCUUUUUUUUUUUUUUUCCGGAGCUGGGUACCGAAUCCAGGGCCUUGCGCUUGCUAGGCAAGCGCUCUACCACUGAGCUAAAUCCCCAACCCCUAGAGAGUACUUUUUAUGUGGGGCAUAUUUUAUAUUAAUACAGUGGUGUUACUGACACAUCUCUUCUAUUCACUUUUAUGAUACUUCAAAUAGCAGUAAGUUCCAUUGUAACCUGGCCUGAAAGACCUUUUCAUAGACGUUCCUUUGCUCUCCAGCUCUUCAUGCCUUUGCUGAGUAUUUUCCUACAUUUCCCAUGUGUUCCAUAUCUUCUCUGAAGUGUGGUCGAAGCUUAUACUUUUGAACCACUUAUUCACCAAAGCCUUUGGUUGAUGAUUCAAUGGAUCCACAGUUCUUGUAAAUUAUUAACAGAUGUAUACAGACUAUAAGAUUUUAUUGAUGUUCAAAAAUUUAUGCAUCCAUAAAGGACCAAAGUUCAGAGGGCAAGUUAAUUGAAAUUUUUUUCUUUGUUGAGAUAUGUGACUCGCCAUAUGUGUUUAGAGAAAAUUUAGAGAGAAAAAAAGUACGUUUAUUUUAGUGAAGUGGUACAUUCAUUAUUAAAUGUGAUAAUAGAGGUAGAGGUAUAAAUAAUAUGAAGGGGUGAGGGAACCAGUUCUACCCGGUUUGUUUUGAAUGCUUAAAUUAUGUAAUUUAAAUAGAUAAUCUUUACUUAUGUAGGUCUUUUGGAAAUAACUUUAUAAAUUUAACACAGAGGACUACUACUAAACGUGAGAGGUAUGAUAAUCGGCAUGGAAGUUGGGCUGGUUGACCACCAAAGUUCAAUUCUUAAAGACAUCUUAAUCCUGAAUAUAAAAAUGCCUUUGUGGGUUUAGAAUUAGAAUUUAAUUUUGGCAUUUUCCUAAUUGAUCUGUUCAUUUAAAACCCGUUUUCUGGGUAGUUGAUGACUAUGACUCAUAUUUAAAACAAGCAGUCAGGAUAGAUAACAAUAGCUUUAUUUUCCUGUGUUGUUGUUGCUGUUGUUUUGAAUCCAGAGACAAGAUGACUAAGAAAAGCUUCAUGGUUUAUGGUGCAGACUGAAGAACAACGAAGAUUUUAUUUAUGCUACAGAAGACUUGACUAAGAGAGGUGAUCGAUAGCCUUGUAAAGAGUACACCACAUGUCUGACUCACUAAUCCUCCCUAACGUGUUAUUCCUCCGCGGGAACAGGAUUAGCCAGCAAGCAUCUUCUCAGUUCCGCGUCUCAGAGCAGCCAGGGGAGGUGGAGCAGUGUCCAGCUCAGGAAGACUUUCUGGAGGGUAGGAAGUGGAAUAACUGGGAUUGGCCUGCUGGGGGUAGUAGCCCACAGGAGUUUUUUCACCUUGUAGGACUAGUAUCAUACACAAAUCAAGUCUCAUUAUGUAUGACAUUAGAAUUCUUUAGUUCCCAUACACAGUGAACUUAAGUAUAAACUGGUUAUGGCCCAAAUAAACAAGAAACCCAGUUUACUUAUUUUAAUUACAAAUAGACUGAGGCUCAAAAGUAAAGGCCAUGUGCUUCUUCCCCAGAAAACCACAGAGCUAUGCUAUAAAACUUUGAGAACAAUCAAGUUUGGUGUUAAUAAAAAAAGUUAAUUCUAAGAUACAUGAAUCACUGGAAUGAAAAAAUUUACGCUGUGCUAUUUUACUACUUAGAAAUGUACUGAAAAUAUUCUAUUUCAAAUUGUGUUUCCAACUGGAUUUUUCUUUAAAUUAAAAAAAAAUCAAUAAAAACCUAAAAAAUUA